AGAAUAGGGGGCUAGCACCCCAAAUAAUGGCUUCCUGAUACAUUUUAAUAAAUCAAGCUAAGCAAAGGAAUUACCGGUGAGAGCCUCGCUGCUAAUACAUGAGGCCCAGCUGAAAAGAUGGACCUGAAUUUUUACUCGGAUUUAACGGACGGAACCGGGCAGCACGACGGUGAUCCGGAGUUCCUCGAUCCGCAUUCCUUCAAUGGAUUUGACACCGACAACAAGUUUCCUGGAGGCAGUGACAACUACCUGACCAUUUCAGGGUCCGGCCAUCCCUUCCUCUCUUCUUCUGAGACCUUCCACACCCCCAGCCUUGGCGAUGAGGAGUUUGAGAUCCCCCCCAUCUCUCUGGACCCUGACUCGGCUCUGACCGGGUCUGACGUGGUGUCUCAUUUUGGGGAGUUGUCGGACACUGGGCCCUCCGACAGCAUGGUGGUACCUGGAAAUGCGGUGGUGGAGGGAGACGACCCGUCCUUCGCCUCCACUUACGUCAGCGCCCCCUCCCAGGGCCUGGAUCACCUGAGUCUGGGGGUCAUGAGCCAGUCUGGAGGAAGUGCUCUGUUGGGGUCCUCUCUGGGGAUGGAUCUGGGACAUCCCAUGAGCUCUCAGUUCAGCAGCUCGUCUCCAGUGACCAUUGAUGUCCCACUGGGGGACAUGGGCCAGGGCUUACUGGGCUCCAACCAGCUGACCACCAUCGACCAAUCAGAGCUCAGCGCUCAGCUGGGACUCGGUCUGGGAGGAGGGAACAUCCUGCAGAGACCCCAGUCCCCUGACAACCCUUUAUCGGCUACCGCGUCUCCCACCAGCUCACUCCAAGAUGAUGACAUGGACGACUUCAGACGGAGUGUACUAGUUGAGUCUCCAGUUUCUCUGGCUGUAUCCCCUGGAGUCAUCUCCCUGGACCCCUCUCUGUCCGACUCCCUGGUCUCUGCCGCGUCUUCCAGCAUGUCCUUGUCCGUUGGACGGAAAGGAGGGCCAGCAGGAGGGAAGAAAGGGAGGAAGAAGAAAGACCCCAAUGAGCCCCAGAAACCUGUGUCGGCCUACGCGCUGUUCUUCAGGGACACACAGGCAGCCAUUAAGGGACAAAACCCCAACGCUACGUUUGGAGAGGUGUCCAAGAUCGUGGCGUCCAUGUGGGACAGCCUGGGGGAGGAACAGAAACAAGUUUACAAAAGGAAAAACGAAGCUGCAAAGAAGGAAUACCUGAAAGCUCUGGCAGAAUACAGGCAAGGCAAAGUUUCCCAGGCCCCCAUUGAAGUUAUGGACACCUCCCCGUCGCCUCCACCUCCACCUGCAGCUCCCGUUGUCGUGGCCACGCUCCCAACCACUACUCCAACCAGUCGCCCCACCCGAUCGCAGCACUACAACCCCGAGGAGAACACCAUCACCAACAUCUGCACUUCCAACAUCAUUCUGGACAUCCCUCAGGUCACCACGCGCUCUCGCACCGGCGCCAUCAAGCCUCAGCCUCCCCCCGCCAGCACUACUCCACCCAGCCUCCCCACUGUCACCAAGAUAAUCAUCAAACAGACUCAGCUGCCUUCGGGCGCCAUGUCCGUCACCUCCACUGCCACCACCUCUGCCCGCCAGCCGCCGCCGCUGCAGCAGAUGCAGAGCAACCCUCCCCCGCCCCGGUUGCAGCAGAUGGUGCACGCUCAGGCUCCACCCCCUCUCCAGGCCAAACCACGGGGUGGAGGCACAGCGUCCGCUAGUGCCCCGCCUCCACUGCAGAUCAAGGUCGUCCCGCCAGCGCGGCAGUCCAAUCUUUCCACGCCGAUCAUUGUGACGUCUACUGGUGAAGCACCUGCCUCCGUCCCAUCCUCAGGUGUGGCGGUGGAGGUGGGGCAGCCAGAUGCUUUGGUGGUGUCAGGAGAAGACGGGAUGGAGGUGGAGGUAAACGUGGCCUCUGGUCCAGGUGUGACCCCCGCAGCUGGUCCCAACAUCUGUGUACGAGCCGGCUGCACCAACCUGGCUGUGGAGAGCAAAGACUGGGACAUGGAGUACUGCAGCAACGAGUGUGUCGCCACACACUGCAGAGACGUGUUCAUGGCCUGGCGCGCCAUCCGAGGACAGAACUCCACCACGGUCACAUAGGAAACGGACACGUGCACAAGAACAAUGCAAACGAACACGAACGGCUGUCUCAGGUGUUGGAACGUAUGCUUCAUUCUUCCCUCAUGCUCGGAUCGUCUCGGGGACAAGAACAAAGACCUCACAGGAAGUGGACCAGGAAGCUUCCUGCGGCUCUCCUACUCCUUUGUUUUAAGCACUGUUGGUCGUAGCGAUGCUCGCUCGGAGAGGCGGAUGGCCGUGCUGCUGCGGGUGUUUCUUAUUGAUUAUGUGAUGUAAAAUUAAACCCUGGACUUGAUAACAAAAGAACAUUUUUAUGAACUUUGUGGUGUUUUUAAUCGUGUAAAAUGAAAACAAAAACCUCCAGGAGGAAACUCGUUGAUGGACAUAUUUUAUUCAUUUAAAAAAUUGUCAACGCAUAUGUGUGUGUGUGUGUGUGUGUGUGUGUGUGUGCGCGUCCCCUUCCUUUAGCUGUUAUCCUGAGGAAUGAUCAUUCUGAUUUGUUUUUUGCGUCGAUGGGGACUGGAUUUGGACCUGAGAGCACAAAUCAUCUAAAAUCUUUGGUUUUGAGAAUUAAAUCUGUUAAAGAAGAGCUACAGAAUGAGGAGAAUUAGCCACCGCCAGAUUAAAUCAGUUUACCACCUAGAAAAUUAGGAUUCUUCAUUAAAACAGGUGCUACCAUCUCUGCUCCCCACCUUUUCUGCUACACUCAAGCUCUUGGAUUAACACGGUGCAGAUUGCUGCUCUGUGAGGAAUAUUCAUCAGAGCCUCAAAUUAGAAUGAAUGAAUUUAACACCAGCUCUGCUGCUUUUAAAGAGAAAAUACUGUAAAACCUUUGUGUGAAUUAAGGAAUACGUUGGGGAUUGAAUAAAUACGAUUUUUUUCAACCAAAUAAAGAUAAAAUGAUGGUGGGGUCUGUUACAAAUGAAAUGUUUUAAUAAUGAAAUAAAAUGUUUUAUGUUGUCAUAUUAA